GCAUUUGCUUAUCGUUUUGAUUUAAUUAAAUGUCCUAUGAUAAUUUAUGCAACUGGUUUUUUUUAAACCUCUGAUGACGGUUCGUAAUUGAUGGCAUACUCGUUGAAGAGGAUUAGACAGCCCAUUUUCAGCUGGCCAUGAACGGUUGGAAUUGAAGCUUCCUUUAUUAGUGGGUUCACAUCAAGGAAAGCUUCUCUUCUACCUAACAUUUCAAAUGUUGAUGAUCAAGAACUAGGAUGGAGUGUAUCAUGUUCAGUAUUUUUCCCAGUUCAUAUUGUUAUUAUGGAACUUCUUGCACCACAAAGCAAACAAGUUCCCAUAAGCAACUGAGAACUUUCUUCUUCUCAAAUCAAUAUGCAAGGAGAGAAUUUGUUUUCACAAGGCAGUCUUCAAGAAAUUAUGAGCUUAGAUCUCUCAUAAUAAAUGGUCAAAUCCAGAACGGUGCAACUGGAGAAACAUCACGCAAUAAGAGAUUCAUGAUGGAAGGGCUUCAUCAAGAUGGGGACAUAUUGGCUGGUAAAUACAAGAUUACCGGUAUCCUUGGUCAGGGUGGUUCAAGUAUAACUUACGAAGCAGAGGUGGGUGAUGGUGAGAAGGUGGCUCUGAAAGCUAUGUCCUUACGAAACAUGAGAGGCUGGAAGGAACUUGACCUUUUUGAGCGGGAAUGCCGAGUCUUGCAAUCCUUGCAGCAUCCGAGCAUACCUCAAUAUAUUGACUACUUUGAGGUCGAUACUGAUAGAGAUCGCGUUUUUUACAUUGUUCAAAAGAUUGCUAGUGGAAAAUCUUUGGCAGACCUUGUACAAAGUGGCUGGCAUGUAUCUGAAAAGGAAAUCAAGGAGGUCACCAUAAAGGUACUGGAUAUUUUGAGAUAUUUGGGUGAUCUAAGGCCUCCGGUGAUUCACAGGGACAUUAAGCCAGAAAAUAUAAUUUGGGACACAAGCACAAGGAGAAUUAGUCUGGUUGACUUUGGAGCUGUGCAAGAUGCAGUUUCUAUAACCAUGAUUGGCAGUACAGUUGUAGGAACGUAUGGAUAUAUGGCACCAGAGCAAUUCCAAAAUCGUGCUACUUUACAGACCGACUUAUAUGGACUCGGGUGUACUAUUCUAUAUAUUCUCUCAGGGCGUAGUCCUUCAAGUUUUCCUCAGAAACGUUUGAAGAUAGAUUUCAAGGGAUUGGUUCCAAUGAGCUCACAUUUUGCAAACAUUGUCGAGCGACUCCUUGAGCCUGCACCAGAAGAUCGCUUUCAGUCUGCAGAUGAAGUUAUUGAAGCCCUAAUGUCCGAAGACGGUUUCCUUAAUAAGGCUGCUUCUAAGAACAGUAAUAUGAGAGAAUUGCGUAACAGAAAGAUAUCUCAGCCUGCGGGGACAAAAGUGCUCUUAACAAGAACAUCAUCUCAACUCAAGAUAAGCAUCCCUCCUGGAGGUGUAACGGCUGAAACAGCUGGAACUGGAACAUUUGCUGUGGCAUGGAAUGCAUUUAUAGCAUUUUGGACUGGUUCGGCCAUUCGAAUGGGAGCACCUCUGUUCUUCACAUUAUUUUCUUUGCCAUUUUGGUUUGUUGGUAUAAGGCUUGCGAAAAGAACUGUCUCUAGUUUGGUUAUCGGUGCUGACUUGAACUUCGGAUCAAAGAAGUUUUCUAUAACAUGGAAGCUUGGUAACUUAUGGAGUUACAGAGUGGAUGGGCAAACAAAGGACAUCAUAUCAGUGGGGCUAAUCAUUGAAGCUGAACAGAAUGGUCAACCAAUUACAGCUGCUUGUGUGAAGGAGGGAGUCAAUUCCCACACGUUUGGUGCAAGCUUGGAACUCAUUGAAAAGAAAUGGCUUGUCCAUGAGAUAAAUGACUUCCUAGGCCUCAGCCCUCUGCAGCAGGACAGCUUCCCUAGAGUAUGAUAACUUUCUUACCAGACAAGUGCCAUCAAUGGUGUUUUAAAUACCACUCCUUCUAUGCUCAAGCUCUAUAACCACAAAGGCUGUGCAAAGCUUGCAAUGGGUUCAAAAUCUAUAUAAAAUGUAAAAUAUGCUAUUUCAGUCUCAUGUCAUCAAUUUUUUUUAUUACAAAAUGUUGGCAAAAAUGGCUUGAAACAUGUAUAAGCCAUUGAGAUGAUUUGUCCAUAGUGACAUCGAUCGUUUUGUCAUUUAAUUAGUUAAUUAUGAAAAUUUGAAAACAACAUUAGUAAUUAUUUUGCCAUGCAAUCCUGGUCCAUGAAUGGGAGACAAAAUAAAUAGCUUCUCACUUGUGUACUUCACUGAUAGCAUGAAUUUGAAAGAAAAAUAAGUGGGUUUUGCCUAGUCUUAAGGAAUGCUGCUACAUUUGGCUCUUCCGAUGAAUUUUGAUUGUUAUUUUCAAGGUCUCUGUUCAUCUUGUUUGUUUA